AGGAAUCAGUUAAAGGAAGAAUUCUUAAUAUCCAGAAAAUGUUCGCUAUGAAGCAAAAAUCGAUCAUCGAGCCAGCUUUCUUGGCAAAUGUAUUUUGGCAUUGAUGUUAAAAAUCUACCUUAUCCCUACAUUCUUAUUUGUUCAAUCAGGCCACGGGUAUAUGCCACAUAGGAUGAAUGGAUCUCGUCCUGUUGUCCGUAAUCUUCUUUCACGAUAGUGAGCGAGGUUUAAUUAAACAGAGACUGAAUUUUCACCUGUCUCGGUAUUGUUAAGAGAGAGCAAGUCGUGUCUGCUCCUGCAAUUACAAUGGCUGCCAGUGUAGCCCAAUUUUCAGCGACCACUGCUGUACCCACCAAAAAUUGUAACCUUUCUAAGCCCUUGUCAAGGGUAGUAUGCCAAGGUCGCACAUUAAGUUAUGAAGCUUCCAGAAGACCAAUUUGGAAGAAUUUCAAUGGGUUGAGAAGUGGAUCCGAAGUUUCAAGGGAUAGUCAGUCUAUUUACUCAAAUGAGUGUUUUUUGAGGGCGUCAAACGCGGAGGGCAGAGAGCUGCGAAAUUUGGCUGCAAAAAGAGGGGCCGCUUUGGUUGUAUAUGCAGCAGCGGGGGGCAAAAAGCUGGAAGGGAGGAAGUUGAGAGUGGCUGUUGUGGGAGGAGGGCCAGCGGGGGGCUGUACAGCUGAAACAUUGACCAAAGGUGGAGUGGAAACAUUUCUUAUUGAAAGAAAGCUGGACAAUGCCAAGCCCUGUGGUGGUGCAAUCCCUCUCUGCAUGGUAGGUGAGUUUGAUCUUCCUUUGGAUAUAAUUGAUAGAAGGGUCACCAAAAUGAAAAUGAUUUCCCCUUCCAAUGUGGCAGUUGAUGUGGGUAGGACCUUAAAAGAGAAUGAGUAUAUUGGGAUGGUUAGGAGGGAGGUUUUAGAUAGUUUUCUUAGAGAGAGAGCAGCUAAAAACGGUGCUACCGUGAUUAAUGGGCUGUUCAUGAAAAUGGACAUUCCUAAGGACAGCGAUAGUCCAUAUGUAUUGCAUUAUACUUCCUACGAUGGAAAUGCUGUCCAGGGAAAGCCCUGUACUUUGGAAGUUGAUGCUGUCGUUGGUGCAGAUGGGGCUAAUAGCAGAGUGGCAAAGAACAUUGAUGCGGGGGACUAUGAUUAUGCUAUUGCAUUCCAGGAGAGGAUUAAGAUUCCUGAGGAUAAGAUGGUUUACUAUGAGAAUUUGGCAGAAAUGUAUGUUGGAGAUGAUGUUUCUCCUGAUUUCUAUGGGUGGGUGUUCCCUAAAUGUGAUCAUGUAGCAGUGGGGACAGGGACUGUGAUUAACAAGCCUGCCAUUAAACAGUACCAGUUGGCUACUAGAAACAGGGCUAAGGAAAAGAUUGAAGGGGGGAAGAUCAUAAAGAUAGAAGCACAUCCUAUUCCUGAGCAUCCGAGGCCAAGGAGGGUUAAGGGUAGGGUUGCUUUGGUUGGAGAUGCUGCCGGAUAUGUGACUAAGUGUUCUGGUGAGGGAAUAUAUUUCGCUGCAAAGUCUGGAAGGAUGUGUGGAGAGGCUAUAAUUGAAGGAUCUGAAAAUGGCGCUAGGAUGAUUGAUGAAUCUGUUUUGAGAAAGUAUCUUAAAAAGUGGGAUAAGCAGUAUUGGCCUACUUACAAAGUUUUGGACAUUCUUCAGAAGGUUUUCUAUAGAUCAAACCCCGCGAGAGAAGCCUUUGUGGAGAUGUGUGCAGAUGAUUACGUGCAGAAGAUGACUUUUGACAGUUACCUUUACAAAACUGUUGUGCCUGGCAACCCACUUGAUGAUAUUAAACUUGCAAUCAACACAAUUGGGAGUCUAGUGAGAGCUAAUGCUCUGAAAAAGGAAAUGAAGAAGCUUUCUGUAUAGGAGAUAUUUUUUUCAAGCUGUUCGGCAUUUGCAUUUUGUAAACAUUUUUCUUCUUGUUUGUCAUUCACUAUCUAGUUCAUUUCAGGAUUGAGGCAUUGGAAAUUUGUUCAGUAUCCUCAUCUGUUAAUGUGGUGCUACUUCCUUUGUAUUCUUGUCUAUUUGAUCCUUUUUUUAAUAUUCCAGGCAAAAUUAUAUUUGAUGGUA